AAAAAAACCCAAAAGAUAGGAACAACACAACUAAACAAACAAGCCCACAACAAAUAAAGCGACAGAGCUCUGAUGGCGGCUCAUCAGAUUAGCUAGCACUGUUAUCUAGCUAAGUGUGACUAGUACCAGCUGCCAGAUUGAAACUGUUUGUCUUUCAGUAUCCACCGCGAGAUCGGGAGCUUUUCGGAAGCUGUGCAUUUACCUUUUGAAGGAUGUAUACCUCCUGGAUAACCGUCUUAAUUAUGAUAGUUUCUCUAUCUGUAACGAGCAGCCCUUCUGCGGGGGAACACUUUCCUUCGCAACAAACGAUAAAGUUAUGGGUUGAAAAAAUGCAGGAAGACCUUGUCACACUGGCCAAAACAGCGAGUGGAGUUGAACAACUUAUUACAAUCUUCAAUAAAAACCGGGACUCAUACACUGUGGAAACAAAUAAUGCUCAACAGUUGGUACAGAGUGCUUCACGAAACAUAGAAAACUUGCUGUUGAACAGGUCAAAAGCUUUGGAGACUCUUGCAACAGAAGCAGAAAAAUUUCAAAUGGAUCAUCAGUGGAAAAAUGAAUUUGCAGAGAACGAGAUAGUCUACUACAAUGCAAAAGACAGUUUAAAUUAUGAUUCAAAUGAGACUGCUGAACAAAGGAGGAUCAAGCCAGAGUUCAAAGAGGACCCUUCCUUCAAACGCCUUAUUUCCUACAAUCACACUGCUGUCCAUAUCCCAACAGACAUCUAUGAGGGCUCCACUAUUGUGUUGAAUGAAUUAAACUGGACAGCAGCACUGGAUGAGGUUUUUAAAAAAAACAGAGAAGAAGAUCCUACCUUGUUAUGGCAAGUGUUUGGCAGUGCAACGGGUCUGGCACGGUAUUAUCCAGCUUCACCUUGGAUUGAUUCCCAGAAAACACUUAACAAGAUUGACCUCUACGAUGUCCGUCGUCGACCAUGGUACAUUCAAGGAGCUGCAUCGCCAAAAGACAUGCUGAUUCUUGUAGAUGUGAGUGGAAGCGUCUCAGGCCUGACUCUAAAGCUCAUUCGGACAUCUGUCUCUGAAAUGCUGGAAACCCUUUCUGAUGAUGACUAUGUGAAUGUAGUGUCUUUCAAUGCUGAUGCAAAGAAUGUCAGCUGCUUUAACCAUCUUGUGCAAGCCAAUGUUCGCAAUAAAAAAGUCUUAAAGGAUGCCAUUCAGGACAUUUCAGCAAAAGGAAUCACAGAUUAUAAAAAGGGCUUUCGAUUUGCCUUCGAGCAGCUAUCAAACUAUAAUGUGUCUCGAGCAAACUGUAAUAAGAUCAUAAUGUUAUUUACUGAUGGAGGAGAAGAGAAGGCACAAGAGAUAUUUGAAAAAUACAAUCCAGAUAAAAAAGUACGUGUAUUCACAUUCUCUGUUGGUCAACACAACUAUGACAAAGGACCGAUUCAGUGGAUGGCUUGUGAGAAUAAAGGAUAUUAUUAUGAAAUUCCAUCUAUUGGAGCAAUACGGAUCAAUACACAGGAAUAUCUUGAUGUGUUGGGAAGGCCGAUGGUUUUAGCUGAUAAAAAGGCAAAACAAGUGCAAUGGACAAACGUGUACCUGGAUGCUCUGGAACUUGGUCUAGUGAUCACAGGAACAUUGCCAGUGUUCAAUAAAACAAAAGAACUCAAAGAUGGCUCUUAUAAACAGAACCAGUUAAUUUUGGGAGUUAUGGCGAUUGAUGUAUCUCUUGAAGAUAUCAAAAGGCUCACUCCACGGUUCACAAUUGGCCCAAACGGUUACUACUUUGCCAUUGAUCCAAACGGAUAUGUUUUGCUGCACCCAAACCUUCAGCCAAAGACGAUUGGUGUAGGCAUCCCAAAGAUUUAUUCUGCGAAAAGAAGGCCAGUUUUCCAGAAUCCAAAAUUCCAGGAGCCAGUAACGUUGGAUUUUCUGGAUGCUGAACUGGAAAAUGACAUCAAGGUUGAGAUUCGACAAAAAAUGAUAGAUGGAGAAAAGGGGAAUAUUACCAUAAGUACACUUGUGAAGUCUCAAGAUGAGCGGUAUAUUGAUAAGGGAAACAGAACAUAUACCUGGGCUCCUGUGAAUGGAACGGAUUACAGCCUGGCUCUGGUAUUACCUUCAUACAGUAUGUACUACAUUAAGGCCAAAAUUGAGGAUACCAUCACACAGGCAAAAUCCAAAAAGGCCAAACCAAAGGUUUCUGAAACUCUAAAAUAUGACAAUUUUGAUGAAUAUGGACACACUUUCAUCGCUCCUAGACAAUACUGCAAAGAUUUGAAGAUGUCGGACAACAAUACCCAGUUCCUUUUGGAUUUUAAUGAAUUUAUUGACAGGAAAACACCGAACAAUCCAUCAUGUAAUGCCAUACUGGUUAACCGACUUUUGCUGGAUGCUGGAUUUACAGCUGACCUGGUAAAAUACUGGAAAAAUCAAAAUCCUCGAGGAGUUCUUGCUAGGUUUGCUACUACAGAUGGCGGGAUCACAAGAGUUUACCCAAAAAGUUCGGGAGAAGAAUGGGCUGAAAAUGCUGAAACCUAUGAAUCUAGCUUUUACAAGCGGAGUUUAGAUAAUGGAUUUUAUAUCUUUACUGCACCCUACUUCAACAGAACUGGUGGGAGUGGAUAUGAAUCCGGAAUUAUGGUGAGCAGAGCAGUGGAAAUUACCAUUGAUGGUAAACUUCUAAAGCCUGCAGUGGUUGGAGUAAAGAUUAAUGUAACCAGCUGGAUGGAAAACUUCACAAAAGCAACAAUAAGAACUGAUUGCAAGAAUGAGAUUUGUGACUGUGAAAGAAAUAACAAGUUUGUAGACUGUGUCAUUUUGGAUGAUGGCGGCUUUCUCCUAAUGUCCAAUCAAGAUGAUCAUAUUGCCCAAAUUGGCAGGUUCUUUGGAGAGAUUGAUCCAAGUCUGAUGAAGAGUCUGAUUAAGAACUCCUUGUAUUCUUUUAAUAAGUCAUACGAUUACCAGUCUGUAUGUGACCCAGAGAAAGACAUGAAAACUGCUGCUGGUUUGCGUUCUGUUUAUGUGCCUACAAUAGCAGAUAUUUUAAAUAUUGGAUGGUGGGCAACAGCUGCAGCAUGGUCAAUACUUCAGCAGUUAUUUGUAAGCUUUACUCUUCCAAAUUUCCUUGAAGCAGCGGAUGUUGAAGAUGAAAUGUCAUCAGCGAUGUCAAAACAGAGUUGCAUUACAGAACAAACACAAUAUUUCUUUGACGAUAACAAUACUUCAUUUAAUGGAUUUCUGGACUGUGGAAAUUGUUCCAGAUUAUACCAUGCAGAAAAGCUGUCCAAUACAAAUCUGGUAUUUCUGAUCGUUGAUAGCAAAGAAACCUGCCUAUCCUGUGAUUCCAGCCUCUUGAUGCAAGCUGAGCAGACAUCCCAAGGCCCAGAUCCAUGUAUCUUGGCCAAAACCCCACGGUACAGAAAAGGACCAGAUGUCUGCUUUGAUUAUGAUGAGAAAGAGGAUUAUAGGGACUGUGGUGGUGUCUCUGGAUUGAGUCCAUCACUCUGGUCCAUGAUUGGAAUCCAACUUGUGCUGCUCUGGCUCCUAGCUGGAUCAAGACAUUACCCAUCAUGACCACAGAGAGAAGAACUUGGCCCCAUACUGCAUACAUUUCAAGGUCCUGCCAAAUUAUUUUCAAAAACUGUAAGUUGACAGAAAUUGAAGAAAAGUUGACAGAAACAUAAGGAAUUGUCCCAGGAAUCCGAAGAAAGGUCAUGUCCAUAUGUCGUGUCAUUUUCUCCUGGGAAAGCUCUUUGCUGUUUUCCCAAGAACAAGAGUGAACAUUGAUCCAUCUAAAAGUAGAUGUUCCCACAAGGGCUGAUGUGUGGGCUCUUUGAUCCUGAGAAUGAAAUGUGAAGGGAAAGCUGCUUCAUUUUAUUGUGGUUUGAUGUGCUUAAAGAAAAAAAAUAAAAUAAAAUAAACAUAAUUUAAUGAUCUGGAGGUUUUACAACUACGAAAACCAGAAUUGCUACCCCAGGAGUUUUUUUAUUAGUAUUUAUUUUCUUUGAAUGUUUACAUUUAAGGGUUUCAGUAGGCUAAGGUUCCACAAUGAUGUAAUUGGUAUGAAAAGAAUGUUGGCCAAAUUAGAGUUUUAUUCACCAAAAAUUUAAAAAGGCUAAAUGCGAUAUAUAGAAAUGUAUAAAUCAUAACCGAAGAAAAGGAAUAUUACAGAUUUUGAUUCACUACACAUUUGUAUCAUUUUCCCUUAUUUGUAUUUGCAUUGGGCUUCCACAGAUACAUUGUGAAUUUUUCGUUGUUGAAACCCAAAGCAAUGUGUGAUACUCAGACAAAAUCAGCCCAUUAACAAUAUACAGUAUAGCUGCAAAUAUUUGGAUCAUGUAUAAAAAUGAAAAAUCUCUUGUCAUUGCUAAUUUACUUGAACCUCCCUGUUAAUUUUGGUGCUGAACUGUGUGGGCUUUACCAAAUAGAAACCAGUAAAACGUGUGCAUUAUUGGGUUUGUCAUAAACCUUUCUGAAUUCAACUUCAAUUUACUACCUUUGUAUCUAGUGGGGAGCUGCAUUUGACAAGCAAAUGUUUCCGCUAGGGUUUCAAUGAGUGGCUUUUUACAAAUCCCUAGCUGGUGUUCAUGAAUUGUGUUUCCUCACUCUUCACAUAUUCUUGUUUGUAGCACAUAGUUUUGUUUUUAUUAUUUAUUUUUUUUUAAACUAUACACACAAAUCAGGGAAUCCAUUGUUCCUUUGCACCUUAAAUACUCCUGUGCUGUGCGCGUGUAUUUGGAAGUGAGCAGGCAUGAGUGUCCGUGUGUAUGUAUUUAUUUUCCAUUCAUUGUGAGCCGUAAGAUUGGUACCUCAUCAGUUCUUGACCGUCUGGGAGGAAGUUAGUUCAUCUGUCAUUGUAAAAUUCGGAGAGAGGGACUGUGUGGUAGCACGUGGCAGUGAGGCUAAACAAACAAAACAAAAUCAUUUUAGUGCAUGGGUGAGGUACCUUUACACUAAUACAACAUAAAUAUCUAGGUACGUUCAAGCCUUUUUUAAAACAUGGGUUGUCCGAGUGAUCAAAAAAUACUAGGAAAAAAUGUUUUUUAGAAUGAAUGAUAGUAUAGCAUAUUUGUAAAAAUUUAUAACAUGGAUGAACUGCAUCAGUGAUGCUUUCUUCCAAAUUUUGCCAUUUUCAUUUUUUUGUUUUCUGUUCAAUAAAUUGAUUUUGAGUUUUAACUUAUACAAAUGUAUUUGGGAGGGUCGACAUGAACUUAUUACAGAUGCUAACAUUCUUUCCAAGCACUUGUUUUGUUUAAAUAGAAAACA